CAAAAACGUUAGGAGUUGUGUCUCUUAAUUGUGCCUUCCUGAGGAGAACAGAGAAGGUUCGACUCAUUGGCAAUGUUUCUCUCUCUUUACUGUUUACUGUUUACUGUAUUACUAAAUACCAGGACUCGUUAUGGUUUCCCUUAUAUUUAAUCAAGAGGAACUCAAGACAGCCCAAACUCCUAAAUAACAGAGAGAGAGAGAGAUGCAUGUACUGAUAGACCACGAAAGAAUGACUUAAAAGAACCCAAAUGUUUAAAUGAGAGAGAGAGGCGCCAAAUUCUAGAGAGAGAUAGAGAUGAAUGUACUGCUAUAUUCCAGGACCAACUGAAACAGUGAUAAGAACCUACAGCGAGAAGAACCCAAAGUAAGAGAGAAACCAAAAUCUUGACAGGUUAUAAACUAUGGGGUGUCUAUAGAGAACCAAUUGACUUAAAAUGCAAGACCGCGAGAUAGAGAGAAUCCACAAUGCCUCCUGAUAAAUAAGAGAGAACCCAGAUGCACUUGCCAAUAUUCCAAGGCCAGGAUCAGCAAACUCGACUCAACAUCCCCAAAAGACCUGCCACUCAUAUUCCAUGGACUCUCCCUCUACCGCCCCCGCCCCAACUGCCUCGACUCUUACACUCUCUCAUUCUUUUUCUACCAAACCCUCCACUCUCUCUCAAGCAGGCAAGGCAGGCCCACGCCCUCUUCACAGUCUCUGGCCUCCAUCGCUUAGUCUCCGCAGCUGCUCGCUUGAUCACCAUUUACUCUCUCUGCAACGACCUCCACUCUUCGAGCCUCCUCUUCUUCAACCACCCCACAAAAAACACAUUCCUCUUUAACACAAUUAUUCGAGCUCAUACCAAUGGUAAUCAGCCAACCCAAGCUUUCUCUCUCUACAACGAAGCAAUCCGAAGAGGCCUAAAACCAGAUGAUCACACUUUUCCUUUCCUCCUUAAGGCCUGUGCUGACUCUUUCUCUCUCCAAAAGGGUAGAGAGAUCCAUGGUUCCAUUACAAAACUUGGGUUCAAUUCAGAUGUUUAUGUAGGAAAUACGCUUUUGGCCUUUUACUCGAGCUUGGGCAAUGUUAGAGAAGCACUACAAGUCUUUGAUGAAAUGACUCUAAAAGAUAUUGUUUCUUGGAACACCAUUAUUCGUGGUUAUGCUCAAAAUGGUCAUGGCCAUGAGGCUCUUCAAAUGUUCUCAGAAUUGCAAGGGACAAGCCUGAGGCCUAAUGAAGUUACAGUGGUUAGUGUCCUUCCUGUUUGUGCUUUGCUUGAGGAUUUACAAAUGGGUAUAAAAAUACAUGAAUUUGUAAUGGGUUCAGGCUUGGAUUCACAGUUAAAUGUAUGUAAUGCUCUUGUUGAUAUGUAUGCUAAAUGUGGAGACACUGUAGCUGCUUAUAAUUUAUUGGGUUCCAAUGCUGAGAGAAAUGUUAUCACAUGGAACUCUAUCAUCUCUGGUUUUGCUCAAACGGGCCUUGCAAUUGAGGCACUGCAAAUGUUCAGAGAGAUGAUACUUGAUGGCCAAAAACCCAACUCAAUAACAGUUACUAGCUUGCUUCCAUCAUUGGCUCAAUUGCGUUUUCUGCCUUUGGCAAAGGAAUCCCAUGCUUUUAGCCUGAGAAUUGGUGCUGAAACCGAUAUUUUUGUGGUGAAUUCUCUUAUUGAUAUGUACGCAAAAUUGGGUUUCCCGGAAGAAGCUCGAAUUUUGUUUGAUGGGUUGGUUGUAAGGAAUUUGGUAUCUUGGAACGCUAUUGUUGCAAAUUGUGCACAAAACAGCUUAGAGGUGGAAGCGAUGAGUCUUGUUCGAGAGAUGCAGGCUAAUGGAGAGUGCCCGAACUCUGUAACUCUAACAAAUGUUCUCCCUGCCUGUUCACGAUGGGCUUCCAUAAAACAUGGAAAGGAGAUUCAUGGCAAAGCGAUUCGCUCAGGCUACAGCAGUGACAUCUUUGUUUUCAAUGCUGUAAUGGACAUGUAUGUGAAAUGUGGAUACAUAGGUCUAGCCAGACUAGUUUUUGAUAAAUCUGAAAGAGAUUUAGUCUCCUUCAAUAUAUUGAUCAUGGGUUAUUCUCAGAGUUUCCAUGCCUUAGAAGCUCUGCAAUUGUUUUCUGAAAUGGAGCUGGAAGCAGGCCUUAAACAUGACACAGUUUCCUUCAUGGGUGCCCUCUCUGCUUGUGCCAAUCUGAGUGCCAUUAAGCAAGGGAGAGAGAUUCAUGGCUGUGCAAUAAGGAAAUUCUUCGUAUCUCAUAUCUUCGUGGCCAAUUCUCUACUUGACAUGUAUACAAAAAGUGGGUGCAUGGAAAUGGCUAAGCGGCUUUUUGAUAGAAUCCCCGACAAAGACUUGGCAACAUGGAAUACGAUGAUAUUGGGUUAUGGAAUGCAAGGAGAGUUUGAAGUUGCAGUUGAUCUUUUUGAUCAAAUGGGAGUAGAAGGGAUGGAAUAUGACUCUGUCUCUUUUGUUGCAGUCCUCUCAGCUUGCAGCCAUGGUGGGAUGGUAGAUAGAGGUAGAGAAUACUUCAAUUUGUUGCAAUCUUUUAACAUAAGACCAACACAAAUGCAUUGUGCAUGUAUGGUGGACCUUCUCGGAAGAGCAGGCCUGAUGCAAGAGGCUGUGGAAUUUAUAAAGGGAAUUUCUUUUGAGCCAGAUGCCAAUGUGUGGGGUGCAUUGUUAGGGGCUUCAAGGGUUCAUGGAGAUGUAGAAAUGGGAGAAUUGGCAGCGAAGCAUUUGUUUCAGCUUAAGCCUGAGCACUCGGGUUAUUAUAUUUUGUUAUCUAAUAUGUAUGCUGAAUUGGGGAGGUGGGAUGAUGCAAAGAGAGUGAGAAAAUUGAUGAGGUCGAGAGGGGUGAAGAAGGAUCCAGGGUGUAGCUGGAUAGAGGUGGGUAAUAGGUUGCAUGCAUUUCUAGUGGGACAAGAUGCAGGUGAGGAGGAGAGGCUGAUGGGAUCUGGGUUAUUAGAGUAUGGUUAAACUAUGUAAAAGGAGAAUUUAAUGUUAUUUUAAUUUUGAUUUAUGGAGACUGUUGUAUAUUACUAGUCUGAGGGGGAGAGAUCUUGGGCUGAAUAAGCUGGAGAACUAGUUUAAAAGGUUUUGAAAAAGCUGUUUCUUUCUAUAACUGUUCGCAGAAGAUCGUCUUCAAGAUUUGUGGACCAACUUGGAAGAUUUAGAUGAGAGUCAGUUCGGCUCAAAAGGAAUGUAGAAGCUUCAUGGAAGAAUCGGAAACGUGGAUUAGGAUUUCCUUGAUUUACCCUUCAUGAGAAUUUGGAACCUGUGUAAGCGGUGGUGUUUCACCUUCAGCAUUUGGUAGCUAACUCCUUAACAAAUACUGGAACUCCAAGAGUAUGAGAAAUAAAGGACAAAGUCAAGGACCUUGGUUCAUGGUU